GCAGGCGUAGAGCAGUGUAAACGCAAGAGAUAAUGGGAGAGAGCGAGAGAGACGGAGAGAGAGAGAUUUUACUGCCAUAGUUUGACCACAGUGACUGAGUAACCAGGAAGAUGUACCAACAAACGGUUCUCACCAGCAGUUGGUUACCUGCUUUAAUUCUUCUUGUACAUGUUUCCUAAAGAUAUCUUCAGAGCGAGCAGUGCAUGGUAUCAGAAAGAAGCUGGAUGUUUGUUUCAGACACUUCCUCUCCAACCACUGCACACCUGGUGACAGUAAGCAAGCUGAGGCACAUCCUCUUUCUGACUAGACUUGAUAGACUUCUCAGAAGUUAGUGUUCCUCUUUAAUGAUGUUGGCGGAAGCUUUGCCAAAAAAGCUGGUCUGGCAUGCUCCCUCCCCAGUCACAACAUGUCUUCACUUGUCCUUUUUCACCUAAAUAAGACGCGCUGCUUUCACUGGGGUGUUCAGAUUGUGACAAGUUCAGUUCCUGGUUGUUUCCUCUCGAAGUGUGUGCAGCUUUAUGUCUCUCAAUGGAAAGUUACCACUUCAAAUGUGAAAAGGCUCCAUGGAAAGGAUCUAGGCAUUGGUUAUACUUUGCCAUGCUCUCCCUAAUGAUGGGAGUCUUGAUUUUCUACAGCUGGUCAUCACUAACCUUGUUACCUUCACUGGGUUGGAGGGAAGACUCUUUAUCGAGCUACAGUGACGGCAACAAGACGACCGCAGUUGAAAUUAUUUCUCCUCAUCAUUUACCCUCACAAUUCUUUGUGGAAUAUCCUCACCAAUAUCAUUUCAUACUGGAUGAACCAAACAGAUGCCGACAGGAGAGUCCCUUCCUGGUCGUCAUUAUCCCAGUCGCCCCACAAAGCAGAGAGGCCCGUGACAUCAUUCGCAGCACAUGGGGAAAAGAAACGCAGGUGUUUGGCCAGUUGGUCAGCUACUACUUCCUCCUGGGAAAGUCUAGAAUAGGCAAUGACAGAGAACCGCUUGAUGAACAGAUUUUACUUGAAAGCCAGAAGCACCAUGAUGUCCUCCAGAGUAACUUUUUGGACAGCUACAGAAACCUCACCAUUAAAACAAUGGUUAUGUUGGAGUGGCUCAGUACUCACUGUCUCAACACCUCAUAUGCUAUGAAGAUCGAUUCAGACACCUUCCUUAAUGUACACAACCUCGUCAACAUGCUCCUGAAAGCCCCCCACCAUGACUACAUGACAGGCCUGGUGGCAAGGGGUGCUACGGUUCUUCGAGAUCCUAACUCAAAGUGGUUUUUGUCUUCUAAUGCGUUCCCUGAGUCAUCUUACCCUCCGUACGCCCUGGGGCUGGGCUACGUGUUCUCCCUGGAUUUACCCAAGCGACUACUAGAGGCAUCAAGAUAUGUUAAGGCUGUUUACAUUGAAGACGUGUAUGUGGGUUUGUGCAUGAGACAUGUAGGGGUUCCACUGACAGAUCCACCUCACAAUGGUUUAUUUAUGAUCACCCUAAACAAACCAAAUGUUUGUUACUUAGCUUCUGUCAUCACUACAUUACUGCAGGACUCUGAGCAGAUUUUGGAUGUAUGGAAGGUUUUUAAGACUCAACCAAGAAGGGACUGUUAGACCUCCAAAGUUUGGUGGCCUUUUUCUCCCACAUACAAAAUGUACCCUGUUGGGUGGUACAUGUUAGAACACCAGCCGGUGUACUUCACAGAGAGACCUGAUGAUUGUCUCUACUCUUCAUUUUUGUCUUCUGAAACUAAAGCCGUUUGCAGGAGACGGAGUAAAAUGUUAUUCUGAAGCUGUAUGCAAAUACUGUACAUUAUUACUUCAAAUAUAAUUUAUAACUUCUAAGAUUUUAUAUGGUGAUUUGUUAGAUUUUAAGAGAUUUUUAUUCAACAGUCAGAGCUUAAAUGGCUCAUGGAGUCAGGAUGAGCUAUUACAAGUGUUAAAGCUUAGUGUACUUAACCUUUAAUGCUACUGUUCCUGUGCAUCAUAGGAGAGUGUCUUCCAAGAACGCUACUAUGUUUGCUUUGUUCCCGCAAUUUGUGAAAUAAACUGUUUCUGAUUUUU